CUUCGAUUCAGAGCAACCUUUACGAACUGAAAGAGGAGAGAGAAAGUGAAGAAUUCAGAACAGCAACAACAAAAAUGGAGGAAAACAUUAACAAUUUCAAUAAAAAUCUAGCAAAAUUUUGCAAUAAUCUUCAAUCUACUUCUAGUGCUUUCAGACAAUCCCUUGAUCGUCGUCCAAUUCCUCUCGAUUCGGCGUCGACCACUUUUAUGCAAUCCCUAAAUCGUAGGGUUUCGGCUUUAACGGGGGAUCUUAAUUUGCUGGAAUCAAUGUCAUUGGGAACUGUGUCGUUUGAAGAACUUCUGGGUCACUGCAAUGAGAUUUAUAAAUUAAAUCAUUCUCAUCUUCUUCACCUUCAUUCCCAUCUUCAAUCUUUGGGCUACAUUUCCCAAAGUGAUGGAGUUGAUGACCUUGAAGAGGAUUUUAUGGCUCAAAGUAGUAGUUGUAGUAAUCCUGAUCCUGAACCAGAAUCACCGUUCCCGGCUUUACGUUAUAGGUCUACCGCUAACAAUGUGGAUGCUGGUUCUUUACUUGAAGGGUCUCCCAGCUUUCGAAACCUUGGAUUAUCUGAGAUUAGUCUGGCUACACUUGCUUCUGGAGGGGUUUGCAAAAGUAGUGUGCCUGAUAGUCCACCAAAGUUACAUCAUAGGUUCGAGGUCCAGAACCAAGAUAACCCAAACAUCCUUAAUACAGUUGCUGAAGAAGAGAGAGAUGAACCCAAGUUACGUGAAACUUCAAAUAUGAUACUUGUUUCAAAUGAAGACUAUGAAAGUCUGCCUUCUUACAUGAAAAGUGUGGCUCCGUGGAAGGAUCUACAAUCUGCAGUUGAUAAAAUGAACUCAUUCCUAAGCAAGAAGGGAAAUAAGAAACAAAACACCUUCUUCCAUCCUGAGGAACUUGAAUCAAUGGGAUUAGGGACUAAAGGAAGAUCGUAUGUCCUGCUCCUGGUGCGCAUGAAGCGGCUGAAUGUUGAGACUAAUAAUGGAUUGAUAUCUUAUAGAGUGCUGUAGAAAAUCUGUCACACUUAAUAUAUAUAUAUAGGGAGGUGUUACAAGUAUAAAACUGAAAAACACUCCAGUGAUUGGCCUUCAAUGGUUCCAUAGCCUGCAACUUGGUGACUUCUGCUGGCUAUAUUCUGGUUUAAUGUUUUCACAGAAUUGUAAUAUCCGCAGAAAACUGUUAAUUUCAUAAGGUUGCUGCCCUGUUUGCUUCA